GGAGGAGCGGGGAGGGGGCGCUGAUCAGGUAACCACCACAAGGAAGAAGGAGAAGAAGAGUCUAGCGAGUGACGUCAAGUCAACAUGGCUGCGCACUCCGUGAACAUCAGCGCAGGCAGUGAGGUGACUCUGAUCCUGGACCCAGAGAAGAGCACGUUUCUCGGUAAUGCUCCUCUGUACCAGUCAGCUGAUGAUCCCACUUCAUUCUACCUUGAUGAAGCCAUGACUGUCAGAGUGAACUUGUAUACUGCUGUAACCAAGCAAGAGGAGAAAGUGUACGUCGUGGAUGCUGCACCCCUGCCACAAAAUGAAUCUUUUAGUAAAGAGCAAACCCUCUUUCUGAUCGAUUUGAUGCGCCAGCAGUUGGAGGCAGACGGCGAAAGUCUCCUUCGAGCUUUAAAGGAGUUGAAUCCACGAGUAAAGUCGGGUAAAAGCCGCAAAAAACAUAUGUGGAGGGAGAUGGCUACUAGACUCUCCAAACACUUUAGGCAGGUCUUCCAUCCUGAUCAUGUGGCGAGACAAUGGUACACUCUUGAAAAUGAAUACAAAAAGGCGAAAGACGAUAAUAGAACAGCUAGUCAAGACACCGUGACGUUCCAGUUUUUUAGUGAGAUGGAAGAGCUGUUGGGUGGGCAUCAUGACGUGGAAUUUCCUGUCGUUGGCACGGUGAAAGGUGUAGAGGUGCGCAGGCCAAAGGCAUUGAACGUGGACAGUGGAAGAGACUCGCCUGCGACUGCGCACACAGGGUCGGCUACGUCAGCAGCAACGCCAACGGCUUCAGCGACACCCACGCGAGCUCCUCUGCUCAAACGGAGGAGAACAGAUGAGCACUAUUUGGCUCUUCUGGACUUUUUAAAGGAAUCUACGGCAGCUCGUCAGCGGCGCCACGAAGAAACUAUGGCCCAGAUGAAAUCUGCUCAGGAUGGGUUUGAGGCACUAAUGAACAGAUUCCUGGACAAAAUUUGACCUUCUCUGUGCGUCCACAACACACAAACUGAACAUUCAGCUCUGUUAUUUCCUUUAUACGUUUUUUUUGUGUGUGUUUUCUUGCUCAUCUUUUGUGUAUAGUGUAAUAUAGACUGACUGGACAAUGUAAAAAAUAUUUUAUACUGAUUUCGUUAUAAUUUUUUUUGGUGCUAAAAUCUACUCCACAUUUGAAUUCCUGACCCCAUUCUGAAAACCUGAAGUAAAGGAAUUUACAAACUGCA